AUGCCUCGUGGAUGGGCGCAUGACGAAGGCGUCUCCGAUAAGUGUUUCCUUCAAUCGCAUCUUGCUGAUAUGGCGGCCAAGUUCUGGUUGAAAACAGCGAUGUCUACUCUGCCUGGUCGUGAUCAUACGUCCAGUUCCGCUCCCUCUGUAGAUGGCAAAGGGGGUACAGAAUCAGCAGUGAAAGGAGAAAAGUCAACGGAAAGGACAGGUCCUAGCCGCUAUGUAUAUUACCGUCUAUACACCAAACUCGGUGCAUUCGAAUCAAAUCACGCCUUCUACGACAAAAACCGUUACAUUGGUCGCAUUCCGUCGAAAUCCUUUGCCCCUCCUCAUACCGUGGCAUCUAUCAAGUGGUCCUUAUGCAAACUUGAGGGCCUUUCGGAGCCCGACAAGGCGCUCCUCUUCACACAGCUCUCAAGCCCAGAACCCAAAGAAGACUCUGCCCGCCUCUCUUUGUUCGCUCCUUCUGGGCCAGGCAUGUCCGAACAAGAUCCGAUCGUGUUAUUGGUCGAAUCAGAGAAGAGAACGAAGGGGGUCUCGCAGUCAGAGAAGCUACCGGAACGCUCUGAUGAUAGCACUAAUAUCCACUACGGCAAGUCUUCAGAAGGAGGAGAUCAAAAGGCAAAGACGUCCUUUGACAAAAAUGAUAUUUCCUUAGGGCGCAUCAACACCCUCUUCAUCGCACCCCCUCAAACCGCUGGAUCUUUGAAAGCAUGCAUCACAAAAGUUGAAGGUCUCGUCACGCCAGGUCAUGCACUCUACAAGGACAUGGAACUCUUCGAAGAUGUAAACAGUGAUGCUGCCAUGAGCGACACCGAAGUGAUAUCCUUCUGGCAAGGUGACACAAGUUAUCCAGGUAGUGAUCAAGAUGACCCCGUAGCACUUGUCAAUGCAACCGCCAAUGCGGCAGCGGACCAAGAGGCUAAGUCUACACCAGGUAAAGUCCUCACUGAGUAUCCAGUAGACACUGCAGCAACAAACCAUGCUCUUUCAGAUGGACCAGAUUCAAAAUUCACAAAACGCGCUCGGUUAACUUAUACUUACGACUACUUGGGAGACCGCCCCACCUGGCUAGCAGUAAUCAAAGAUGAGAUCGUUUACACGGACGGAGUUGUCGUCUCCAUGUGUCACUGUUUAUGUUUUGUCGGAACAGACCUUGCUUCAGGAUACAUGGUGAUUAAUUCCAAAGGUGAAAAAGGCU